AUGGCUCCUGCCGCCGCCCAUGCCGCCGAGGGCAUUAUCUCGUCCAUUGACGUGAAUUCUAUGCCGCCUUUCUGGCGGCGCAAGAAUGGCAUUCUGCUAUACUUUCUGCUCACUUCGUCCCUACUAGCAAGUGCGGCUCUGGGCAUUGAUGGAUCCAUGACAAAUGGCAUGCAAGUCUUGGAAUCCUGGCAAAAUCGAUUUGGACAUCCAGAAGGCGCUACAUUAGGUUUUUUUGGAGCCUCUAACGCCAUUGGCGGUGUCAUCCCAUUUAUUUUCCUCGGUUGGAUUAGUGAUAAGUACGGUCGUCGCCUACCUACUGCGUUAGGGUCUGUCAUUAUCAUUGUUGGUGUGAUUGUCGAGUUCUUUGCCACUUCUUUGAACAUGUACAUUGGCGGCAAGAUCGUUCUCGGUGUGGGGUCAUCGCUCAUCCAGAUGGGCGCACCCGUCUUAAUCACAGAGCUGUCCCACCCCAAGGAACGUGUACAAGUCACCACUUUCUACAACACCUCCAUCGUUCUUGGCUAUGUGAUUGGAGCCUGGGCAACAUUUGGUUGUUACAGGAUCACCAGUCAGUGGUCAUGGCGGCUCCCUACUUUGAUCCAAAUUGUCCCCUCGGCCUACCAAUUCUGUCUCAUUUGGUUCUGCCCCGAGUCUCCCCGUUGGUUGAUUGCAAAGGGUCGUGUCCAGGAAGCCCGCCAGAUCCUCAUCAAGUUCCACGGUGAAUGUGACCCCAACUCGGAACUGGUUGCCGUGGAGUGCGCCGAAAUCCAGCAGACUAUCGACAAGGAAGCAGAGAACAACAUGAGCUGGAAGGACUUCUUCUCCUCUCGCGCCAACCUCAAGCGCCUGUUCCUCUGCUUCGCUACAGCCGUUUUCAGUCAGAGCUCGGGCAACCUGCUCGUCUCGAAUUACUUGACCCAGAUCCUGAAAGACACGGGCCUCAAGACCCAGUCCGAAAUCACGCUUAUGAACGGAAUGGUCACUCUCUGGCAGUAUGUUGUCGCGAUCUUCGUUGCACUGGUCAUCGAUAAAUUCCGCCGUCGCUUCUUCUUCCUGACCGGUUCCGGUGGUGUUCUUGUCACUUUCGUUGUCUGGACAAUCGCUGCCCAGCAGUACCUUGAGCACAACUCUUUGGUGGCCGGUCGUGUUGUGAUCGCUUGUAUCUUCUUUUUCCAGGCCUUCUACACUUUCGCUUGGACCAAUCUGAUCGUUACUUAUCCGCUGGAGGUUGUGACGCUUCAGAUGCGCGCUAAAACAUGGGCAUUUGUCCUUCUCACCAUCCAGGUGGCAUCUAUCUUCGGAAGUUAUGUCAACCCUAUUGGCUUAAAGAAUCUUGGCUGGAAGUUUUAUAUCUAUUACUGUGUCUGGGUGCUUGUUGUCUUCCUCGUGGUCUACUUUUUCUUCGUUGAGACGGCCGGUCCUACGCUUGAAGAACUCGCCUAUCUGUUUGAGGGCGAAGAUGUCAAACGUGGAAUGGUUGACAAGGUCGCGGUGCAAAAGGAACAAGUACAAUAUGAAGAGCAUGUGGAGACCAAGUCGGCGUGA